CGCCUGUGCUUGAAGACAGCCAAUUGGAAAUCAAAGAGGGGUUCCGUUAAAAAUGACUUGAAAAACUUGAAUGAUAAGGAAGUAAAGGUGCGACCAACAGGCGAGUUGUCAUACUACUAAUUACAACAUGGCAAGCAGCGAUAAGGAGAUCUCCUACAGUGAUCUCAAAUCUCUUUUGGAGAAGGGUUCAGGACUUCUUGUGGAUGUGCGCUCCAAGGAUGAGGUAGACAGAGGCCAUAUUCCAGGUUCCAUCCACAUCCCAGUGGAAAAUGUAGAAAGUGACAUGUCCCUGGACUCAGCUGAAUUCCAGUUGAAGUUUGGUGUACCUAAGCCUUCAUUGGACUCCUCUGAGCUGGUUUUCCACUGCCAGAUGGGAAGACGUGGAGCUGUUGCCACAGGCAAAGCCAGAAGCCUGGGGUUCAAGAAUGCUCGUAAUUAUGCCGGAGGCUACAAGGAAUGGUCAGAAAAGGAGGGAAAAUGAUGAUCCUCAAAACUGUGAAGUGAUAUCGAACCGUUAUGCGGUCAAGACCUGAAACUACUUCAUAUCUGUGCGUUUAGUGGAAAAUAAUUACACACCUUAGAAUGUCUGUCAACCAAUCAAAAUCAAGCAUUCAACAGACCUAUGGUAUACAUAAUGUAUAUAUAUAUAUAUAUAUCAUGCAUGUGAUAUUUCAUGUGAAGUUUGUGCAUGUUUCUAUUAUAUUAAAGUUUAAAAAUUAAACAAAUAAA